AUGAAGUCGCAGAUAAUACUUCACAGUAGAGAAGAAUUAUCAACGGAUAUUUUAGAUAAAAAGUUUAGAUUCGAAAUCGUAACAAGUUUGGAGAAUCAUAUAGACAUAAUAUUUUCUAUAAUAGAAGUAGAUGAGGACGUUCUCCUGCACAACGAAGACAUUACUGUGAGGAGAUGUCGUUAUAGCCAUGAAAUACUUGAAGAGCCACUGCAUACUUAUCAGGUAUAUUCUUACGGCGCCUGUCAUUUAGCUAAAAGUACUGCCAAAACUUUUGAGCAAUGUGGUUGCGUACACCCAGUGCGUGAUUUGACUUACAAAAAUAUUUAUUGUAAUUACACGGGUCUGAACUGCUUGGUAACGUAUAAAGCUUUGAAGACGAAACUGGGCAAUCGAGAUGAAGCAGAUACUGAUGAUUGUUUACCUUCGUGCGAUGAGAGCGAACUUAGCAUAAUUCACGUUUCUAAGAGAUGGGUAAAAAAUAAUAAGAAUGGAACCUUCGUAAAUAUAAGAAUGAACUCUUUGCCCACAAUGCGAAUUAAAAAAAAAUUACUGCACAGUGAUUUAGAUUUAGUCGUAAGUGUAGGAGGCAUUGUGGGAUUAUUCUUCAGCGCCUCCAUAUUAAGUUUUGCUGAAAUAUUUUAUCUUAUUUUUAGAUCACCAUAAAUAAUAAUAAUAUUAAGCUUUUUUUGUUUCUGUUCUGUGUUCCUGUGUCUUCAUUAAAGGUGUUUUGUAUAAUUUAAAA